GUUCACUCUGGCAACAUGUGUACUGGAAAAUGUGCCCGUUGCAUUGCCUUCUCUCUGUACCCGUUUGUGCUCCUGUCCAUUAUCUGUAACAUAGUGCUGUUCUUUCCUGGUUGGGACGUCAAGUAUGUCAAAGAAAGACACAUUACUGAGGAGGUGAAAUACAUGGGGGGACUCAUUGGAGGGGGUAUAAUGGCGUUGAUCCCGGCUUUGUACUUCAGCUUUACUGGAGAAGAGGGCUGCUGUGGAAAUCGCUUUGGGAUGUUCCUAUCAAUUAUAUUCGCUGCAGUAGGAGUGACUGGGGCUGUGUACAGUUUCGUUGUGGCAGUGCUCGGUGUGGGUAACGGGCCCCUCUGCCUUUAUUCUGGGAACUGGACAACCCCCUUCAAACACAGUAAUGUGAGCUACCUGUCUGACUCUAUGUUGUGGACACAAUGCAAAGAGCCUGCGAAAGUGGUGCAGUUCAACACUGGAUUGUUCUUCACUCUGGCAGCAGCCAGCCUUGUGCAGGGGCUGCUCUGUGUCGCUCAGAUGAUCAACGGCCUUGUGGGCUGCCUGUUUGGACUCUGCACAAACAAAGAGGAACCAUAAGUUAACCACUCACAGUCAAUCCUCAUCUGUAGAGUUGACUGGCGCCCCAUGCUGGUUGGCUGAGAGCAGUGUUACUGGCUGAAUCUGCAUAAAACAUUUACAUUGAAAUUUCUGCUCUCUCCGAUAACAGAUUUAAACAUUUGUAUGUGUAUUUCAUGAUGCUUCACACUGUUGCAGUGUAUUAGCAUAUGUUGUGAAAAGAGCACUGCCUUAGAAGUAAUUCAUGCAAAUUAUAUGGUUCAUUUUAAAUUUAUAUAAGCUUCUGAUCACUGCUGCAGCUAUGUGUUGUGCUUUAUCAUAUGUAGCAUUUUAUAAUAAUAUUAAACUUUUGGUUUAUUGUACUCUACAGACAAAAAAUAAAUACCUGGUUGUCCUCUUUUUCAUUCACACCAUUAAUGUUGAUUGUAUAACAACAAUAAAUAUCGCUCAAUACUGUAUCCACA